AUGCCUGCGAUGCGCCGGGCAUUCGGCCUCUUCCGGGCAGCCGGGGCUGCAGCCGCACUUGCUGCACUGCCCAGGAAGCGGUGCGUGUGUGACGAUUUGGCUGCGUCCGGCCCGGCACACACGCGUCGGGAUCCAAGAACAGGAUUUGAGAUGCGUCUCGGGGACCCCCAGGGCAUGAACCACGGUCCGUUGCGGAUCUUCUGCGGCAAUGCGCACCGCGAGCUUGCCGAAGCCAUCGCGGCCAAGAUGGGCAUCCCCCUCGGCAAAGCUACCGUGGGACGCUUUCCGUGCGGCGAGGUAAAUGUGGUGCUGAACGAGUCCGUUCGAGACUGUGAUGUCUUCAUAAUUCAGUCAAUCGCAUGCCUCUUCGAAACCAUGCCCUCGCCGACAUGCAACGGCGGUUCUGGUCCUCAGGAGCAUCUAGUGGAGUUGUUGAUCAUGUUGGAUGCCAUUCGUCGAGGUGCCGCGAAUCGUGUGACUGCCAUCAUCCCGCAAUACGGUUUCGCCCGGCAGAAUGCGAAGGAGAAAAGCCGAUCCCCGAUCUCUGCACGACUGGUGACAGACCUGCUGCAGGUUGCAGGAGCUCACAGAGUGGUGACCAUCGAGCUUCAUGCGAGCCAGAUCCAGGGCUUUGCCACGUUUCCGAUUGACAACAUCUACGCGCUGCCGAUGCUGGCGAAGGAGAUAGAUCGCCUGAUGCGGAAACGAGGUCUGACAGCCGAGGAUAUUGUGGUGGUCAGCCCCGAUGUGGGAGGCACGAAGCGAGCAUCGGGCAUGGCGAAGAUGCUUUGUUCGCCGCUGGCCAUCUUCUCGCGGCAGCGACGUCGCCCCAACGAGCCGACGGAGGUGGAUUUGGUUGGCGAGGUGCAAGGCAAAACCUGCAUUGUCGUUGAUGACAUUGCGGACACAGCCGACACACUAUGCCAAGCUGCAGACAAGCUGAAGGCCAGAGGUGCGUCUGCAGUGCUUGGUGCGGUGGUCCACGGCAUCCUCUCAGACCCGGCUUGCGAAAGCAUCAUGGCAUCGCAACUGGAAACCGUCUUCGUGACGGACACCAUCCCGCUGGGCGACAAGCUCCACAGAUGUCCCAAGCUGGAGGUUGUUUCGGUCGCGUCACUGCUGGCCAAUGCGAUCUUGCGCAUCCACUCCAGUCAGUCGCUGUCGGAGCUUUUUGACCGGCACGUCGAAUGA